CAAAAAAUGUGUUAUUUUAUGUAAGGUUAAAUUUAUAACUGUGACCCCCUUCUAAAAAGUUAUCUUAGAAUAUGUUCUGGGUAGAUAACAAUUAAAGAUUUCUGACUUGGUUCUUAUAAAAACGAUUAAGAUAUUGACCGAAGUGAAGUAGUAACUAAAUACAAGUUUAUUUAUAAACAGAUGUUAUCAAAGGUAACGAUUCGGUAUUGCAAACCAGUAUAUAAUUGUUACCUUUUAAUAAAUUGCUGAAUAUGACAGAAUUAUUUAGCGAAGGACAGAUUCGAGAAUUGCAUGAAGCUUUCUCAUUAGCUGAUAAAAGUGGAAAAGGUGUAAUUGAGGGAAACAACGUUGGUAUCGUGAUGAGACGGUUAGGACACAUAGUGACAGACGAAGAAGCAGAGGCUAUGAUGGAUGAAAUCAGUGAAGAACCAAAGAAAAUAACAUUUGCAGAUUUUCUGACAUUGAUGGCGAACAAGAUGAAGCAAGCCAACACCGAAGAGAUGGUUCAAGAAGCUUUCAAAGUCUUGGACACUGACGGAGAAGGUUUGAUUAGAGUCGAAGAACUGGAGAGAGUUUUGACGGGGCUGGGUGACAGGUUGUCACCCCGAGAGUACCAAGAGAUGAUGACGGUUAUGGGACUUGGAGUGGGUGACCAGAUCAGCUUUAGUAACUUCAGGAAUAUUAUUGGUGACAUCUGAGUGGUCGUCAAGUUUAUUAUUUUUAACUCCAAUUAUUAUCAAAAGUAGGAACUUUCGAAUUUGACAAACUAUCAGAACUUUGGAGAAUAAAAAUGAUUUUAAACAGUUUCACUGUCAUUUUUGUAAUAAUCCAACUGUGUAGUGAAUGUUCUGUUUUUGUUUUUUU